AUUUAGCGUUAUUAGUGACGUAAUAUCUAGUAUGAAGCAUUUUUGUCCGUACAUAGGUUGUAAGGCAUCAUUUCCACGACCAUCAAAGUUGCGGCUUCAUAUUAAGAAAAUUCACCUCAAAGAGCAGCUUUUUGUAUGCACCUAUUCUAAUUGCGACAAAAAUUACACACAAGCAGCACACUUGAAGCGACACAUUGAAAUUAAUCAUGAACGCAGUGGUGGCACUCCAUUUCAAGCCAAAUGCUCUUUUGCUGGCUGCAAGGCUGUGCUGUCCACCAAGUGGGGUUUAGUUCGUCACGAAAGAACUCAUAUGUCUAAGGAUGAAUUCAAAUGUCUACAUUGUUCAAGAUCUUUCACCAAAAAAGUAUUCUUAGAGAAACACAUGGUCACUCAUCAUAGCCAUGGACAGCCGCAUUACCAAUGUUCGCAAUGCCCUCUAGCGUUUAAUACUCAUCAUCGUUACCAUCAACACAUGUCCCGAACGCAUGCAGUCUACUUUUGCAAUCGUGCAGGCUGUAACAUGGUUCGCUUUGAAGAUCAUAAUAAGUUGCGGGCACAUGAAUCCUCCAUCCACUUUCCGGUCAAAUUUCAAUGUGCUGAAUGUAGUAAGAAGUUUUCACGUCGGAUGUUUCUUGUGGAACACAUUAGCUCAGAACAUGAAGGUUUAUCUUUUCAAUGCCCCCACAAGGAUUGUGAAAGAACUUUUUCAUACAGACGCAAUCUGAAUACACACUUGAAAUCGCAUGAAAACAUACGCUUUUCCUGUGCACAUUGCGGCAAUGAGUUAAGCACUAAACAAAAGUUACGACAACAUAUUGAAAAGAUACACCAGAAAUUAGGUAAACCCAGAACUUUCUCUAAAAGCAGCAAAAGUGUAUUGGGAAAUGUUUUGGGUUUAUAUCAUGAUCAUGAUAAAUUGAUGAAUGUGAAAGCUGAAAGCUUGGUAUCCAACUCUGUCAGUAAAAUUGACCCGUUAAGAAUAGAAACAUCAUCAGAUACUGAUAAAUUGAUGAAUGCGAAAGCUGAAAGCUUGGCAUCCAACUCUGUCAGUGAAAUUGCACCAUUAGAAAUAGAAUCAUCAUCUGAUAUUGAUAAAUUGAUGAAUGCGGAAGCUGAAAGCUUGGUAUCCAACUCUGUCAGUGAAAUUGCACCGUUAAAAAUAGAAACAUCAUCAGAUAAUGAGAUACUUGGGUUUUAAAGUAAAUUAUUCCUAUCGAGUAACCUGAAGAGACUCAAGGUCUUCAAGAUUUGUUCAAGCGUUCAAUCCCAUGACAGCAUACGUACCUUCUUGGUGAAAGUCGGCUUUAAUAUCUUGAUUUUCAAGCUGCUUAUAAUUUUACCAAUCCUCCGGCCUUUUUUCCUUUCAAUAAUGUGUCAUAUGUUUGAACAGUAUUUACUGCUAUUAUCUCUUACAUCUCUAGUAAGACCUUAAACUGUACAUUGAAGGAAUCAUCAUUGAUUUUGAUGGUUUCUAUUUUCUUCCUUUUCUUAGUUCGAUUGAAUUAACUGUUUUUUUUUUUUAAAAUGUUUGAGAUGAGCACCUGAGAGAAUUGAUGGACUAAAAUGGUAACACGGAGGAGCAAUAUCUGCAGUUCCAAAUUUAUAAUCUUUCCUUAAAAGUAAACAUUUGCUGUUUACACACAUGUAGAAAGUUAGAAAGCCUGCAAUACAAAUAAAAUGAUUUUUAUUGUUUCUUCUCAGUGCGUCUUAAAUCGAUCAGAUCAUUGUGAAUAUUUGACUCGUAAGUAAGUCCUCCCAAAAAUUUCAUCUGAAAAAUGGUAUCUUCUAUCACCGAAAUUGUUGCAAAAUGGUAUGAUGAGUGAAUGAAGUCAAUUACAAUAUGGCAAGUUUGUUGAUCCUAAAUUUACGCCUUGCGUAUUGUUUUUAUUCAUCCUACAACUUUUUUUGAAUUAGUGAUUAUUCUUUUCAUUUAUGUAUCACAACUAAAAAACCAAAUGCAUGAGCUUAUUAAACGCAUUUCUUCUGAUUUUGAGAUAAUUGAGAACUAAGGUGAGAACUUGAGUGUGGCAAACUUUUUUAUGUAGAAUUUUUUCUUGUGUUUCAUGGCAGUCUUAUCCUCAUGAUUUUGCUUUUAACUCUCUGUUUUUAUCAUAGACUACCUUACAAGAAUGGCAUAAACAGCCUAAACUUGAUUUGUUUACAAAUCGAUGACGGAAGUGCAAAAUCAAGUAUCUCCAUUGUGAUGUUUUAAAAUUUCCCCUCCUAUUUUAUUUUUUUCAAAAGAAACAAGCAAACUUUAUUGCUUGAAAUUCAUACAGAAUAUUUUGCGACCAGAGAAGAAUAAUCAAGAAGUUCUCAAGAAAUUGAGUUGACUAUGAUCAGGGAAAAUGAAGUGUGACAGGAAGUCCUCAACGUCGCAAAUGGAGGUACAUGGAUCCCGUACUUGGGCCAACAAAAUGUCAAUAAACAGGCUCAUGCUCCGGACCCUUCAGUUAUUUUUAUAUGAUUGUGAAACUGCUUACCAAACCAUGUAUCUCGGUUAAAGACAUUUCAGACUUCCUGCUGUACUAUAAUUUUUGAAUGGGAAACUACUCAUCGUCUAUUCUUGAAAAAUUCUGUGCUUUUUCUACUCUGUGCGAUAAAAACUCCAAGAAAAGUUCAAGGAAUAAUAUUGAUUUGUUCUCCUUUAAAAUAAUUAAAUGAGAGUAGAGAUUUUUAAGUACUAUAAACUAGACACGUGGUUUGGUAGUUUCAUUGUCGAUAUAAUGUCUUGUAAUUAAACGGAUUUCAUAGGAAUAAACCUAAUUAAAUUAAGUGCCAUCUAAUUUUCUUUCAUGUCUUAUUUUUUCGACAGAAAAAUAAUGACAACUUUGACUUGAAAUUUUGUGAGUAUAUUCUUUAUAAGCUGGAAGAAAUGCUCAAAAAGUUUCAAGGCAUCAUUUUGUUUGUUGUCCUGUCAAUAGAAUAAUACUUGAGGUAAAAUUAGGCAAUGUUAAAUGCAAGUAAGUAGUUAGACCAUUAAAUUCAUGCAUUCCUGGUGGUGCAAUGUUCAGUCGGAAGAAACAUAUCCAAGAAUGAAAAUAGACACUGAAUAGAAGUCUUCUUUUUCUAAAUUUCCCCUCAGUGACUGAGCAGCUGAUAUGAAAUCAGACUGCUCCCCCACUACUCUUUGAACUGCUUUUCGGUAUUAUUAAAAUCUUGUAGUAGAUGAAGUAAGCAGAAACACUAUUCAUCAUCCGUUUGAGCCGCGUGAAGAUUUUCUCAUUUAGUUAAUUAAUAAUGGAUUCAUCUGUAGUUAAAAUGAAAAGGAGGCAUGGAGAGCUAUUUUUGGAUGGAAUACCAAAUUAUUUUAGAUUUUUUUAAUCCUCUCACGUUGCACAUAUUUCUGAAUAUUCAAUAUCAUUUUAUAUUAUUAUAGAGAAAAUUAAUGACAUUCAAUGGCACGGUUUUCAUGACUUUCUUAUGUAAAGUCAAAUAUUCAGUAUUAUUGUAAUUUGAGUUUUUAAGACAGGUCAAAUGCCAUCAACAAGCAUAUUUUAUACUUUACUAUUUUUAUAUUAUUGUUAUUAACUAUCCAAAUUUUCUUAUUAUGCACCAAAUGUUGUUUUGUUAAAAAAGCUUCAAAGCCAUGGAAUUUCAAUACAUUAAUCUUGAAAUUA